AUGCGCUUGGCCUCUGCUCUUCGUAUCUCCUCUUCAAAUCUGUUCUCAACAGCACCUUUCCGUCGGCAGUUGCAUGAUCCUGUCAUCUUUAGACAUAGCCUUGAGAAGACUCUUGAGGCUCAUCGGUCCUCCAAUCGAGCCAGUCUGAUCCGCAAGGUGAUUAACGACAAAUGUCCUGCUGGAAUAUCCCCUCCGAUUCUACCACUUGAGCACCAUGCUGGUCAUGAUGAGCCACUUCCAAACGUCUCGUCCGUGUCAAGUGCAGAGCCACAGUCCCUCCAGUCUCUUGCGCCUGCGAGACGAGCGCAGAGGAAGGCCCGUUCGUCGAGCCAAGUAGCCGCUCCGCACCCCAAGACAGCAAAUUAUACACUGCUGCAGUGGCAUGCAGAUGAAGCCAGGGGUCGACCAGAGCAAAGUCCUUGGCUGAAGUACUUGACUACCGAUUGCAAGACAUCCGAUGCCAUUUCGCGUCUCGACGCGGAGAUCCGCGCUCUUGAGAUCUACAUGACACCGACCCCGUCGGAGCAGGAUGAGAUAGAUCGGCUGGUUGCAGACGUGGGUAGGUUGGUCGCGGGAAUUGUCCCCAGCCCGCCCCAGGUGACCGGUUCAUGGCGGACGCGAUUCGCUCUGAGCCACUCCGAUCUUGAUUUCGUCUUACCUGUCCCGGAUUCGGAUCGAUCCACCCGUGGCGUGCGCAAGCCCAGUGCUACCCGGCCCAAGGUGCUCCAGACUUACAAAAAGCUCUUACGUGACGUUGGACAUGCGCUUCAGCAGUGCCCUUCGUUCGCGGGGAGAGUCCGGGUUCUGGGCAACCAUUUCCCGGUCCUUUCAGCCAUCCAUCGCCCCACGGGCCGUCUGCUGCAGUUCCACUGCGGCCAAGGACUACCGGCCUCUGUCGAAUAUAUCAUGGACUACCAGGCCGAGUAUCCCUCGACUCGGCCCCUCUACGUGACGGCUCGCCUGAUCCUCGAGGCGCGGGGCAGGUAUGGCCGCCCCCGGUUGUCUAUUGGAUCCGACGCCCUCGUAAUGCUUCUCGUGGCCUUCCUCAAAAUGAAUCACGGGCGUUUCCAGCGGCCUGACUGUCUCGGCGAGCAGCUCAUCGCGUUUCUGCGGGCCUACGGCACCGAUGUCGACCUGACCACCACCGGAGUCUCCGUCGAUCCCCCCAGUUGGUUCAAUGCCGGUACGGUCAAACGCGCCAGCGCCCUGUACGCACCCGACGAUCUACCCGCGCAUUUGCGCGGCCAGCGCUCCCUCAUCAGCCUCAAGAGAACGGCGGCCGCCAGACGCAAUCUGUCUGCCGCCAGCCGGUUGUGCGUGCAGGACCCCACCAACUACAUGAACGAUCUGGGCCGCAGCUGCGUGCGUACGUCGGAACUCCAGGACGCAUUCUCCCUUGCUCAUGACCGUCUCGGCGCAAGUCUCAGGCACUGGGAAGGUAGUGAACAGGCCGCGGACGCUAGUAUCCUGACUGGGGCCCUGCAAGCAAAUUUUCAUGAUUUUGAAAACCUACGCGCCAAAUCGCUUAAGCUCAAUGCGAGCUAG